AUGCUUCAGUCCCCAGGCCACUCUCCGCUCCAUCUCUCUUCACCAUCUCCUUCAAUUUCCGAAUUUUCAAUCCAAAACCCUAAAGAUUCUGGUUCCAGUAUUCAACCCCAGAAGACACUGAGAAACCCAACGAUUCUCGACGAAGAUACCUAUGCCGAAGCAUUGGAGAAGAUAAUCGAGCGUGAUUACUUUCCUGAUAUCUCGAAGCUUCGCGAUCGGCUCGAUUGGCUUGAAGCUGUCAAAACCGGCGAUCCUGUUCAAAUUAGGGAUGCCCAAUUGAAGAUCAUCGAGCGUCGCCGCGGUGGAAAGGUAACAACCCCUUUAAACCCUCUCGAUUCGAGAAAUUCGCAUACCCCGGGUUCCACUUUUGUUAGAAAUUUUACUCCUUUAGAUGAAUUUGAUGGUAAAACACCUGUAACACCGGGUUUUAAUGCUUCCGUGGGAGAGAAAGAGGAGGUUGGUGCGGUUGAUACUUCGCUUGGGCUUGAUCAGUUUAUGGGUAGGUAUACUAGUGAGGAUAAUGAUAGCUUUUCCAAGAUUUUGGAGAGAGUGAAUAGGAAGAGGAAAGAGAGAUUUGGGUAUUUGAAUGAUAGUGUGAAUGCGAAUGCUAUUGAGGAUGAAAAGAGGGAUAGGAUAACUGAUGGUUAUGGUACCUCUUAUCAACCUCCAAGUACAUUGGAAGGAUGGAAAUAUACUGCUAAGAAUUUGUUGAUGUACCAUCCUGCUGAUCGGGGUGAGGUUCCGUUGACGGAGGAGGAAAGGGCUGUUAGAAUUAAAGCCUCCACGAAGGAGAUUGAUCGGCCAAAUACUAGGUUUCAUGGUAAAAUGAUGGAUUCUAGGCCGAAAGAUGAUGGAACUGUUGAGGUGCUUUAUACUCCUGUCGCGGGUGCUACUCCUGUUCCUAUGUCUUUUAGAGAUGGGGAUAAGUUGAAGAAGUAUGAUUUGGAGGAUUUGAGGAAGAGUCCGAAUCCGUUUUAUUUGGAGUCCGGGAAGAAGGCGGAGAAUGGUUAUAGCUAUGUUAAGACGCCGUCUCCUGCACCAGGAGCUGAUGAGUCUCCUUUUAUUACUUGGGGAGAAAUUGAAGGGACGCCGCUGAGGUUGGACAUGGAGGAUACACCAAUUGAUAUUGGUGGUAGUGCUGAUGGACCUCAUUAUAGGAUUCCUUCUGCCCCGGCAAGAGAUGCAAAAGCGCACUCACUUUCUAGAGAGGCUGCUCGUAAUCUGAGGGAGAGGUCGAAGAUGUUUCGUAAACCCCCUUUGGCAUCACCGGCUAGAGGUGGAAGUGCUACUCCGAGCAUGCGGACACUUUCUCCUGCUGCUCAGAAAUUCGUUCGGAAUGCAAUUGCCAAGUCGUCAUCAACUGUUGACGAGACGCUCCGUGCAAGUUACCGUGGUUCUAGUCCUGCUUUGGCUACUCCUACAAGAGUUAGAAGUGUAUCAAGACUUGGUAGAGACGAGAGCUUGGUUUCCAGGUCUCCAUCUGUUAGAGAGGGCUCCAAUCCUCCCUGGUGA